CUCCUAGGCAGGAACCCAGCAGGCUCGGCCAUGGCGCGGGGGCUGCUGCUGCUCACCCUUUUGGUCCUGGCGCUGGCUUUGGUGGUGGAGAGACGGGCGGCUUUCCGGGCCCGGUUCAACGCGUCCCGAGAAGUGAAGCCCCGGGAGCUUCCGCGCUGCCAGCUCAUCAAAGGCGUCGAAACUGGUUCUGAAGACCUGGAGAUCCUCCCCCAUGGCCUGGCCUUCCUGAGCUGCGGGUUAAAAUAUCCAGGAAUAAAGAGCUUUGAUCCACACAAGCCUGGAGAAAUACUUUUGAUGGACCUCAAUGAAGAAAACCCUGAGCCUAUGGUGCUACCGAUCCAUGGGGAUGGACUGGACAAGGCUUCCCUUAACCCACAUGGGAUCAGCACCUUCACAGAUGAAGAUAACACCGUGUACCUGUUCGUGGUAAACCACCCCCAGUUCUCGACCACUGUGGAGCUGUUUAAGUUUCAAGAAGAAGAAAGAUCGCUUUUGUAUCUGAAAACAAUCCGGCACGAGCUGCUUCCCAACGUCAACGACCUGGUUGCCGUGGGCCGGGAGCAUUUCUACGCCACGAACGACCACUACUUCUCGGACCCCUCCCUCCGCGCGUGGGAGCUGUACUUGGGUUUGAAAUGGUCCAACGUGGUUUACUACAGCCCGCGGGACGUGCGCCCGGUGGCCUCCGGCUUCGACUUCGCCAACGGCAUCAACAUUUCUCCCGACGGCAAGUACCUUUACGUGGCCGAGUUGCUGGGUCACAAGAUCCACAUCUUUGAAAGACUUGCCGACGGGAGCCUCAAAGCACUGAAGGCCCUCACCUUUGACACCCUCGUGGAUAACUUGUCCGUGGAUCCCACCACGGGGGACGUGUGGGUUGGGUGCCAUCCCAACGGCAUGAAGAUUUUCUUCUAUGACCCCGAGGACCCGCCUCCAUCAGAGGUGCUCCGCGUGCAGGACAUCCUCUCCUCGCGGCCCUCGGUGAGCCAGGUGUACGCGGAAGGCGGCUCCGUCCUGCAGGGCAGCACCGUGGCCUCCGUGUACCGGGGGCAGCUGCUGAUCGGCACCGUCUUCCACCGGGCUCUGCGCUGCCAGCUCUAGCGCCCCCUCCCGGGAGCCGGGGAGCGAGGGGGGGACCCACCGAGCAAUAAAAGGAGUGCCCGCCCA